AAAAAGCCUCGCAUCUCUCAAUUUCACCUUUUCCUUCCAAGUUAGCAUGAAAAUUUACCAAUUUCUCUCUAUUGUUGCGUGAUGGAGGAAAGUGCAUCAUUAGAACCACCAAAUUCAGCACCUUGGCUUGUUUUUCCAUACGGUGAAGAAAACCUCUCAUCAAGGUUAAUUGUCUUAUGUGAUGUUAAAGAUGACAAUUCAAUGCCAAAUCAGAAAUAUGGGGAUUGUUUUCUAUGGAACCCUUUGUCAUUCGAGACAAUUCAAUUACCAAGUUUACUCCCAUGGAUUACUUCUCAGCCUCAUGGUAUGUAUUUUAUUGAUUGUGUGUUAUCAUCACCUCCUAGAACCAAUCUUACUGAGGAUGUUGAUAGUAAUGAUAAUGAUGAUCCAUUAGUUUUAGUUCUUUAUCUUCCACUGUCGGAUCCUGAAUAUAUCGCCUUUAAUUACACUUUCUUAUUCUGCCAUCCUGGAGAAAAUCAAUGGAGAACUCAAUUGUUUUCGGAAGAAAUUAAUGGGCGCACUUUCGAGGUUGAGUACCUCCAUUGUUUUAAAAAUAAGUUAUAUGCUUUGGGUGUCACUGGGCAUUACCUAGAGAUCGAGAAACAACACCAAGUUAGAGAUGGUGAUGAUAAUGUGUCCCUUUCUAUAAAAUCGUUCCAAGUAAAUGACCACACUUCUGUACCGCUGCAUGGGGCAAGAGAUGUUUGUCUGGGUCAAACGCAUUUUGUGGAAGGUCAUGAUGACAUAUUCAUGGUAAGAAGAAGUUUCAAUGAUAGAGGAUCUGAGAAGAUAAUGAUAUCAAUGCGUAUAACCAGGUUGGAUUUCAUUUUGAUGGAGUGGAAGUUGGUGAAUAGUCUAGGUGAUAAUGUUCUAUUUGUUGGUCCGGAAAACAGAAUUUGUUUCUCAGCUGCCAAGUUGGGACUCUCAAGGGGUUGUUUGUAUUACAUUCUACCUGUUGACCAAUUUGAGCUGUACUGCCUUCCGAUGGGAUACCAAAUCUCUCCUGCGGAUAUGCGGUUAUUCAAAUUUGAAGUUGAAGGUGCUGAGGACUAUGACAUUUCACCGUAUCUGAGGCUGCCGGAACCAGUAUUUGCACCUGAUUGGAUGGUGAUGCCUAAUGGACAGAGAAGAAAGGUAGGUAACAUGAAUGUUAAUGAAGAAGACCAAGAUGACAUCUCGAAGGAAGUGGGAAACAAAGCAAGCGCAUCUAGUUAUAAUUAUUCAGAGACUGAGAGCGGCAAGCAGCUCUUAAGACUUGGUGCAGUAGAAUUAGAAGAAGAAAAAAUACCAUGGGACAUUCUUAUCGAGGAUAUGGUGGUUUUGAUUGCAAGCUAUCUGCACCCGUUGGAUUAUGUGCACUUUCGAUCAGUUUGUAAAGCCAAUCGACAGAUAAUGCCUGUAGGAAUGUCUACAUUUACUUCUAGCCAGGUCUUAGACGCCGCACAUUUAUCCCCAUUGCUAUUGUUUUCUAGAGAUAACAGCUCCACUGUCUACAGUUUAGCAAACCCGAUGCAUGAUAAUGAGAACUACCUCAUGAACUUCUCAGAAUUGCUAUUAGAUGCCACAAUACGUUUUCAGAAAGGGGGUUGGCUACUUAUGUCAAGAGAGAUUAAAUUAUUCUUCUACAAUCCCUUCACUAGAGAUAUCAUUUUACUUCCAGAUUUUCCAGGUUGUUAUUUCACAGUUGACAUUUCUUUCUCCUCCAUACCGACUUCAUCAGACUGUAUUGUUUUCGCCGUCGAGGGAAAUGCGUCACCUGAUGUCAAUGAAAUCUCUUUACACUGCAUUAGAAGAGGGGAACAGGUUAUGACGGAGCUUUGGGAAGUUUUAAUUUAGCGAACGGUAAUAUAUAUUGGGAGGUUCUUGAGAAACCUCGUAAACAAUUUACGGACUCAUAUCCAAGUUAUUUGGUGAAGUGCGGAGAUGACCUUUUGUUAGUGAAACUUGGGUGUCUGGAUAUGCCAGUUAGAAUCUUUAAAAUUGAUUUUGCUGAAAUGGAAUGGGUUCAAGUUGACAGUUUGGGGAAGCAUAUUUUGUUCAUCAGUGACAUUACUUGUUUUUCAGCUAUCGCUCCGAAUAGUAGGAUGGAGAACAAAAUAUAUUUCCCCAGAUUAUGUUUGAAUGGUGAAAGGGUUUUAUUCUUUUCACUUGAAACAGGUAGCUACCACUCUUUUGGGAGUCAGCAUUUUGCUAAGAACUUUUGUGGCACAAAAGGCUGGCCUAGAAACUGCAUUUGGAUUGAACCCGGUUGGUCAUUAUCGACUCCUCAAGAGCUGGACUGGUCCAAGCCUCCGUCACUACCGUGAAGUAAAGUUCUCUAACAAUUCUGUGUAUUUUUUUUUUAAAGGUUUAAUUUCUGAAAAGUAUCUGCUCAAGUUGAGAUGAUGUGUAUCAUCUCCCAACAUUUCUGGCAGAGAGAGUUCUUGUUUAAUAAGGCUACCCUUGUUUUGAGAUGCAUUCAUCGCCAUAAUGCAUUUUGUGCUUGGUCUGCUACUGCUAGUAUCAUCUUACCUAAAAUAAUUCUCUAUUUUGUCUACGAUGAGGAGAACCUUUACAGUGAAUUUAAUUUCGUGAGAUGUAUGCCCAAUUUGAAUUCUGGUGUCAAUUAUUGAAAAUGUUCCCCAUUA